AUGCUGACCGAAGCGGAACUUUACGAUGCCGCGCUCACUCAUUUUGCUGAAAACGACCUCGAAGCGGCUGUUAAUGCUUUUAAAGAAUUGAUUGAGAUUUACCCAGACUAUAUCGAAGGAUACCUUGGGCUGGGACACGCAUACGAACGGAUGAGUCUAUACGAUGAAGCCAUUGAGGCGAUCCAGAAGGCGAUAGAAAUCAACCCGAAGGAUCCGCUUGUAUAUACCAGUCUAUCUAUGUGUUACCAACGAAAAGGGAUGAUCCAAGAAGCAGAAGAUGCGAUGGCAAAGUCGCAGGAGUUGCAGAUGGAAACGUCCCGUUCAUCUACCUAA